AUGUGCAAGCGGCGCUUUGGAAUUAAUAACUCACGCUACGAGGACUACUUGUGCGAGUUCCUAUGGGAAAAGGAAAGCGGAGGUCGACGGGAGGUCGUCUUCAAUUUCUGGGAUCAAGUUGCAGCACUAUAUCCUGCUGAACGGUCUGGCAUCUCACAGGACGAUAAUGACGGAUACCUGGAAUUUUUAGGGGAGGCAAUGAGAGAAGAUGACAGAAUUCGCCGAGCCGAACAUCAAAAACAUAUCGGACAUUCCCCCAAAGUUGUACCUAAAUCAUUCAAGCUGCCUGGUGAUUACGUUCCCCUGCCUGGUAGGAGUUCGAAUGUGGACUAUUGGCCACUUUACCCUUUGAUGAACCAGUACAUGGCAGCUGUCACUUUCGACACUUCUAAAGGCCGACAUACCGGUGGCGAUAUCAGUGUGCCGAUCCCAGAUUGGGGAUUUCUUGAUAUUGGAGGCCACUUUAUUGAACGAUUCCAGGACUACUGGGCAAAAGUUGGUUACACGAAUAGCCCGAUCAAUAUGCUUGGUCUACGAAAAGACCAGAUUGUGCGUAUCCUAUCAGACCCUUCACUGAGCUAUAACAGACCUUGCGAACAUUCCAAACCUAAGAAGUGCUUGGUUUUCACCCUUGUAUCUUAG